UCGAGAUCCCGUCUGCCUCCAGUGAGGAAACACAGGAGUUGAGAUGACGUUCAUCGCCAAGGCCUUCUACGACCUGAGAGCCACCUCGCUGGAGGGAGAUAAGGUGGAUUUCAACGUGUUUCGGGGACGGGUGGUCCUGAUAGAGAAUGUGGCCUCGCUCUGAGGCACCACCACCCGGGACUUCAGCGAGCUCAACCAGCUUCAGAGCAAGUACCCCCAUCGGCUGGUGGUCCUGGGUUUUCCCUGUAACCAGUUUGGAUAUCAGGAGAACUGCGGCAAUGGUGAAAUCCUAAAUUCCCUGCAGCAUGUGCGGCCCGGCGGCGGCUUUCAGCCCAACUUUACCAUCUUUGAGAAGUGUGACGUCAACGGGACGAACACACACCCGGUCUUUGCCUAUCUUAAAGACAAGCUCCCUUAUCCGGAUGACGACCCCACCUCCCUCAUGCAGGACCCCAGAUUUCUGGUUUGGAGUCCCAUCAGCAGGAGGGACGUCUCCUGGAACUUUGAGAAAUUCCUCAUCGGGCCAGAGGGAGAGCCCUUUAAAAGAUACAGCAAAAAGUUCCCCACCAUUGACAUAGAGCCCGACAUUCAAAGACUGUUAAGAUUAACCAAGACCUAAGAAUAGCCUCCACCUCUUAAUGACUUCUCAUCCAUCACAGUCAAAGCUGAUAUGCUGUCCUCCACACUUUUAAGCCUUAUUAAAUGAGGGUGAUAUUCUGAAAAGCUGAGGGAAUAUUAUCUGAGGCCUCAUAAGUGCUUAAGAGUCGUGGAGGAAUAAAUUCAAUACAUGUAAAAUUAAUUCUACAAUAUAUCACUUGAAAAGCAUAUUUGCAUGUCCUUUUUCAGCCUGGCCAGCAGAUGGUGCUACUGAUUUGAUCAUGCACAUAGAUAACUUCUGUCAUGCUUUUAUGAAUUAACAUUCAUCACACACACACACACUCACGAAAUGUUUGCACUGGAAUAAAACCCUAAAAAACAAUAUUCUCUCUCGCUGCUGUAUCUUCUUUUAAUUGGACCAUAUAACCAGUGAAGCACCUGCUAUAAAGAUGUGUGCCUCUGAUGCAAGGUUGACAAAAAUAGAUGCUAUCAUGUCUGAAACAGCUCUGUGUAGGCACAAUAAUGAGGUUUGAAAUACAGUGGGAUGAUUGUGGAAUUAUAAUGCUCGCUGUCAUUGCACAUUAAAAAGCUUGCAGGCCGUUCCACUGCAUUAUGAAUCUUCUAUCCUGCUGAGUCAUUCUUUAUUUGUUGAGAUCUUCUUUCUCCACCAAUUCACAAGAUCUACAUUUUCCAAGUAAGAUCUGCUGACACCAGUAGCCUACACAGCAGCAGGAAUGCUUUACUACCACAGUGACACUUGAAGACAAGCCCUAAAUCAUGCAUUUAGAAGAGCAUCGGCCUUGCCACUGUGUAAUGAGCUCUUAUCCAGCUUUAAUUUCCUAUGCACAGUGUGCAUUGUUUGCAAGGUCUGCAGAUUAGCUGUGGAUUUCCUGCACAUCCACAUCAGCCGAUGAUGUCAGAGCCACAGGCUACACAGGCCAGGCAGCGCCG